UGAGAAUGUGUGUAACAGGAUGUCUCAGAUCACAGAGGAGAUCAGAGCGAAAGCAGAGAUGUACCAUGGAGAUGAAAUGUGCCAAGUCAAAUCCAAGGAAUUGUUGAAGGAAAUAAGUCUGCCCAACGGGCUUUUGCCCUUGAAAGACAUGGAGGAAUGCGGGAUUGUGAGGGAGACUGGGUUCGUGUGGCUGAAGCAGAAGAAGAAGUCGACCCACAAGUUUGAGAAGAUUGGGAAGCUUGUUUCGUACGAGCCUCUGGUGACGGCGGAGGUUGAGCAUGGAAAGAUCAAGAAGCUGAAUGGGGUGAAGACGAAGGAGGUGUUGAUUUGGGUGUCACUGAGCGACAUUUAUGUGGAUGAUCCGCCCACCGGCAAGAUCACAUUCAAGACACCGGCAGGGCUAUUCAGAUCAUUCCCAGUUUCGGCUUUCGUAAUUGAGGAAGCGGAAGCCACCGCUGAGACUGCAACGAAGGAAGACAAGCCGGUCAGAGAGGUGGACGCCACUGUGGAAGUCAAAGAGGUCUGAAUCUGUGUUAUUGUGUCUUCUCUUGUUGUCUGCCUUCUUGCUCUUUGUCCUAAAGUCAGCUAGCUUUCAUCCUUAAUUAUUAAUAAUAAUCCUGCUAGUGAUAAACUUGCGCUCUUCGCUCCA